AUGAAGGUGUGGCCGCAGAGUGUGGUGUCGCUCCGUCGCUUCGGCCGCUUCACCCUAAACAAGAACCCGCAGAACUACUUCGCCGAGAUUGAGCAGGCCGCAUUCUCUCCCUCGCAUAUGGUUCCCCGUGCCGAGCCCUCUGCCGACCCUGUCCUGCAAUCGCGUCUAUUCUCCUACCCUGAAACCCGCCGCCAUCGUCUGGGCGACAACUAUGAACAAAUAUCUGUCAACUGUCCUCUCAAGUCAUUCAGCCUACGGAUCGCGAUGGCUAUAUGA